CGAUAAGAGGAGUAGUGCUGUCGUAACUGACGAUGAUCGUGUCCCUGGUAAUGACGAUGGAACAACGGGAACAAUGGGAGCAAUAUGAACCGGCGAGUCCGUUUGCAAGCAGACUAUGCCCGUGGAGGAGAUGGGAGAGGGGGGCGGCGAGGAGUUACGCAGGCGUCUAUGGCCAAGCACAGAAAGAGACGAGAGACGGCGGUGGAUUGGGCAAGAUUUCGGAAUAAAGGACGUGCAUUUCGGAGAGACAGUGAUGAUCUUUGCAGUGGAGCUGUGGCAGAGGAAGUAUAGCAGUAAAAGCUACAGUAGAGGGGGGGGAAUUGCAGCUAUGGAAACUGCUGUACGGAAAACUGCAGCAGUAGAAGUACAAACUACAGCAGUGGAAACUGAAGUAGAGGAAACUGCAGCAGUGGAAGUAGAAACUGCAGCCGCGGAAGUGGAAACUGCAGCCGCGGAAGAGGAAACUGCAGCCGUGGACACUCCAGCAGUGGAAGUAGAAACUGCAGCAGUGGAAACGGCAGCAGUGGAAACUGUGGUAGCAGCAGAUGAGCAAGCAGCGGUAGGACGAAAGUGCCGUGGGGGCAAAGAAGAAUAUGGAUGACACAAGGACCAUCGCAGCAUGCGUCGGGACCACUAAGCAAGACAUGUCAGAUAAGUAGGAUAGCGACGUUGGCGAGAGCGCAUGUAGCACUAAGAAACGAGCGCACUUUUCGAAACACACGGCAAAAAAAAAACAAAAAUCCAGGACCAACAUCAGGGGCACACAAGCCAUUCAUUUUUCUCGUUCUUCUUUUUACCUCCCCUUUCAAUGAAGUUGAGUGUGAGCUGCCCGCAUCCCCGUGUGCCAUAACGGCCCAGUUGUACACUGCACGAAAGAGGCAAAGCAAAGGGGGAGGGGAUAAACAAAGCGAAGAGAA